GUGGAGAUAAACUAGCAGAUUUUCAGUUGCCAGACAGCACAGGUUCGGUUAGUUGGCUAGCUGGGAACAGACGAGUGACACAUUCGACAUGGAGACCAUUUCCGCCCUGAUAGACUUCCAUCUGAAUGAGAAAAGCAGUCCGACUCGAAUCUGGAGAGUUUCUGCGACGAGUAUAAGCGGGCGUGGGUUGUUUGCAGUGCGCGAUAUCCAACCGGGUGAAAUUAUAUUCCGUGAAAAGCCUCUGCUAAUCGGGCCCACUGCUGGCAAGGACUCCAGUCUGAAUAUUUGCUCAGUCUGCUACCGACCGUGUGAAAACAAUGAGUGCGUGUGUCCACGAGGGUGUUCCCUCCCCGUUUGUGAACUGUGUUUGGACUCCAAGCAGCAUUUGCUGGAGUGCAAUUUGUAUAAAUCAUGGCAGCCGGCACACCCGCAGAAGGUUAUGCGGGCAAACCUCCGAGCGCUGGUCUGGAUCCGUGGACUACUUUUAAAUGAAACUCAAAAGCAUCUUGUCAACGUGUUGCAAGCCAACGUCGAUCCUGCGUACCAGAGAGAAAUGUUGGCUGCUGCAUCGAAUUUCCACAAUUUCCCGAGUGCCGCCAGUGCCACUUAUGAGUUUUUAUUCAAAGUAGUUUGUGUUCUAAAUACAAACGCCUUCGAAGCCUUGCAGCAGAACGAAAAUGCAGAAAUCAGUUUACGAGGCCUCUACCCACUUUCGGGCAUAAUGAACCACGAGUGCACCCCCAAUACGUGCCACUAUUUCGAGCCCGGCAAUGUUAUGGUGGUGAAAAGUGCAAAAUUUAUUCCACAAGGUACGGAAAUUACAACCACUUAUACGAAAAUCCUGUGGAGCAACUUGUCCAGGAGAGUGUUCCUCAAUAUGACUAAGCAAUUUGUCUGCUCCUGCUCCAGAUGUUUGGAUCCAACCGAAAAUGGUUCAUACAUAUCUGCACUGCUGUGCCGAAAGAAUGAUUGCUUGGGCUGGAUUAUCCCACAGGAUGGUAACGUUUUAUUAUCCGACUGGCGUUGCAUCAAAUGCGGGACAAUAUAUGAUUCCAAACACAUAUCAAGAGCUCAGGAUUUUACGUUGCGUAUUUUUAACGGAAAAACAUCGUCAGGCAGUGUAAAGGACAUUCUAGACUUUAUACGAGAAAAAGCUGCAAGAAUCUGCCCCCCGACGAGUCAAUUCAUCAUUGAACUGAAGCUACAUGCUAUCUGGAAAAUGACUAAAACUAAUGAAAAGUUCAGUGACCUAGACAUUAAGGAUGCUAUUCAGUAUUGUAAGGAUAUCUUGUUCGUUUUAGAUAAAUUACACGCUGGUGAGUGCAUUUUAAAGAGUUUAUUAGAAGAUGAAAUUAGAAAAUUCAGUGGAUUGUUAUUGACGCCAAAGUGACAUAAAAACCACUGAAUACUUUCGGUUUUAUUCGGGAGGUUUUAACCUUUCGUCGGGCGCAAUAUCUAGAACUUCAAGAGAGGGCGCAUUAUACCUAGCAGGCACAGGCUUGAUAGUUAAUUAGUACUUUGAACAAUGUUAUUUAUUUUUAUUACUACCAAGGCACAUCAAAAAUUAGUUUCACUUAGUUUUUUACUGUCACAAUAUUAAAAUUAAAUGAUAAUAUCACUUUAUUAAGACUAAGGUUUCCAUUGGUAACACUUCAUAUUUUAUUCUUCAAAACUAUUUUAAAAACUUCUAUAAAACUCUUUAAGAAACCAAAUUAUUGUAGGAAGAUAAUACAAAUUACAAAUUUUAUAUUUAAACAUGCCAAAUUUCAAUAAUAAAAUUUACAGUGUUAUACUUCCUUAGAAUAUCUUAUCACCAAAAAAACUGAAACAAAAUCUUAAGAAAAAUAAUUAUUCGGUUAUAUUUUUUCGUUGGAGCGGUUAAGAACAAAUGUCACAUAUAAAAAUUGAAAUUUGCUAGGCAAAGGGGCCGUUUACAUUUUUCCACCCAUAUUUAGAUGGGUACUGUUGAUGGUCCUGAUGAUUCUCCAUCAUCUGGGAACGGGCGAUAUCGUUCAGUUCUCUUCGGUCUCUCUUAUAAGUUGAAGGGAAUGCAAAUAGAUGUCAUACCUCUCCGCUGAAACUCUCCAAUCACCAGCUCGUGAGAAAACUGUUUUAGAAAGGGUCUUCUCUUCAUUGGCUCAGAACCAUUGUUAACGUAAAUAAUUUGUGAAUUGAAUUAUAUUCAGAAUGGCGAAUAGCGAAAAACAUCAUCAUCAUUAUUGACCCACUGUUGAAUCCACAUUGAAUGUAGAAUACAUUUUUUCAACAGUGUCUUCACCUCGCUCAGUUGAAUUACAGAAUGUAAUAACUUCUGGUUUGUUGCUAUCACCAGAAUCUGGAUCGAUUGCUUUAUCAUUAUGAAGGAUGGACAGAAGAAUGACAUUUUUCCGAGUCUUAGCACGUACGACACAAUUGCUAAUUCAUCAUCGAAGUCAAAUAUAAUACUACGGUGUUCUCCCUUUUGCUGUUUUCCGGGAUAGAUUUCCAAACUCUCUCUACUCAAAUUCAGAACAACUGCCGAAAAUUCAAAUUUUUGAGAAAAUGGGUCGUCGGUUCACCGGAAAUUUCAUUUUUUUGAUACAUCAAAUACAAAAAAAACUUUAACUACUUUAACUACACCAAUGCUUAACAACAGUUUAGCUUUUCAAGGAAUUUAAAUAAAUAGAAACAAAAGCGACAUUUCGCUAAACGACCUCUUUCAAAUGGAUCACUAUAUUAAGUUAGAAUAAAUAGAAUCUUAGGACAAUUUUGUAAUUGACCAAAGAAGCGCAUGAAAUUCCAGGAAAAUAAAUCAAUAUUUAUUAAAAUUAA